AUGACGUAUAUUUGGCGCGCCUCGCCUGGCUCUAGCAAGUGUAACUGUUGUUGCUAACGGUACCCGCUAACUUAUAAUAUCACCGCUAAUUUAACGGUACCCUUCACUGAUGUCUCAGCAGCCGCAGCAGACGGUCCCCUCCGCCCCAGACUCCCCUGCUCUGGUGGUCACCAGUAACGUGCAGAAAUAUGCCAUCAAGAAGAAGAAGGUCCUGAGUGCUGAAGAGACAGAGCUGUUCGAGCUGACCCAGGCUGCAGGCAUCACCGUGGACCAGGAGGUCUUCAAGAUCAUAGUGGACCUGCUGAAGAUGAACGUGGCUCCUCAGGCUGUGUUCCAGACUCUGAAGGCCAUGUGUGCAGGUCAGAGGGUAGCUGACAGCUGCGGCGGCGGCGGCGGGGAGACUUCAACUGCCUCACACACCACCAGCAUCACCACAGCACCAACAGAGCCCAGAGAAGAGGACUCUUUGGUCUCUGGAAAGAGCCCUAAGCCUCCUGCAGCUCCCCCCUCAGCCUCUGGCCCCAGAGCCACAAGGGUCAACACUAAGAUUGUGGUCUACGGCCCCCAAGACGCUAGCUCUCCUCACUCUCAAGUGCGCAGUAAAGCUGGAGCGAGCCACAGUGAGAAGAGCAGGGAGGCCUCCAGCCAGCGAGUGCAGCGGCAGCCCAGCGCCACCAGAGGGCAGAAGACCAAGAGCUCCGGCAGCAGUAGUUCGUCCUCACAGAUAAACUCCACAUGAGCCGUCAGGUCAAUAUGACACCACCUGUAAAUAUGUAGCUUUCUUUAUAUUUAAGGUAACUGUAUGUUUUACUGUGUGACGUGUUUUAAAGGGUUAGUUCACCUAAAUUACAAAGACAAAAGAUACAACAAAUACAUUGAAACUUUGGCUUUAUUUGCCUUGGUUUGGAGUUGAUUGUUGCAUCAGCAUUGAAAUGACAUCUUCAAAGUCUAACACUGCUGCUGAAUUUUCUUUGGAAAAUUGGCGCCAUUAAAAUAUGCCUGUUUGCAGUGUACCCAUGAGUGUACAGUUACAUAUCGCUGGAUAGUUUGGGAGUUAUAAGGAGCAUCUUUCUUUGACUUCAAAGUAGAUUUAUGGACAUUUAUCCGGGAGACAUCUCAGAGUUAAUCACAUCCUCGGAGAGUCAAAGUCACACUGAAUCUAAAAAUAUGUGAAUCAUAUCUGUGUGUUUACAUUUGCGUGAGAUACCACUCUGAAAACAAGAAUGAUUUUUACGCAAAUUGUGGUUUUAAAGUACCUUAGUUGCCUUUCACCUCAGGAUUAAUGGGCAACUAAUCCACAGACGUCACUGUGAGCAGUCUUCAUAGGGACUGUUUCUGUGGUUCAACAUACAGUUCCAAUAAAAACUGUUCACAGUGAGGUCUGCGAUGAAACCAGAUACUUUAAACCUUGGAGAAUAUAAUAAAAGCUACCAGCAUGACUAGAUAGAUACCACAGAUGUUUUUUGUAAUCUUGGUAAACCAAUCCUUUAAAGUUCUAACAUGAUGUAAGAAAGUCCAAAGCAUCUCGUCACUCUCACCUGGCAGAUGUUACUGUAAGUGAGGAGAGGCUUUUGUUGCCAUGUGACUUUAACGAGAACGACAGAAAAAAAAAUUAGGUUUUCUACUAAAAAUGUUGAAAUGCCUGUGUUCAAUGUGCAACUUUUUAUAUAAUGAUUCAUGUUUAAUAAAUCCGAUAACAACAUA